UCAGAGGAUUCGAACGCAUUUUUCGUCACAGCGGAUUCGAAAGCAUUUUUCGUCACAGCGGAUUCGAACGCAUUUUUCGUCACAGCGGAUUCGAACGCAUUUUUCGUCACAGCGGAUUGGAACGCAUUUUUCGUCACAGAGGAUUCGAACGCAUUUUUCGUCACAGCGGAUUGGAACGCAUUUUUCGUCACAGAGGAUUCGAACGCAUUUUUCGUCACAGCGGAUUCGAAAGCAUUUUUCGUCACAGCGGAUUGGAACGCAUUUUUCGUCACAGCGGAUUCGAACGCAUUUUUCGUCACAGAGGAUUGGAACGCAUUUUUCGUCACAGCGGAUUCGAACGCAUUUUUCGUCACAGAGGCCAGCGACUCUGUUGAACAGCGUUAUAGUAUAAUAAUAAUAAUAAUAAUAAUAAUAAUAAUAAUAAUAAUAAUAAUAAUAAUAGCAUUGCAAACAUUUUUCUGCUGACAAUAAAUACAGCACAUAAAUAACAUCGGUUUAUAAAGUCAACAGACGGACACCAUUAAAACAAAUAUAAAACUCAGCUUCCCGGGAUAAACGUUAACAGGGUUUAUUGAUUUAUUAGAAUUACCCGCGUUGUGUUGAUAACUCUAACCGCGCGUCACACACACACGAUGUCCUGCGCGUCCCUGUGCUUGUGCGUCUGUCUGUUUGCGGAGCUGGCCGGCUCGGUUCUGAGCCUCUCCACCUGCCAGUCCGGGUUCGACCUGGACGAUUUCAAGUACAAGCGGAUCGAGGCGGUUCGGGGCCAGAUCCUCUCCAAGCUCAAGAUCUCGCGGCCGCCCGAGGUGCUGGUGCCCCCGGGCGACCCGCCGCCGGAAGUGAUUCUGCUGUACAACAGCACGCGGGAGCUGCUGAAGGAGCGCGCGCGCCAGGCCGAGUCCGCCUGCGAGCGCGAGAGCAGCGAGGAGGAUUACUACGCCAAGGAAGUGCAGAAGAUCGACAUGCUGCCGCCGAGCCUCGACAAUGUCAUCUCCAGCAGCCUGGCUAACCCGUACUUCCGAGUGGUGAAUUUCGCCGUGUCCGGGAUCGACACGAACUCCAGCAAGCUGGUAAAAGCAGAAUUCCGAGUGUUCCGGGUCCCGCAUCCCAGAGCCAGGGUCACGGAGCAGAGGGUGGAGCUCUACCAGAUCCUGAAGGCCCGCGACCCAGCCGCCCCCUCCCAGCGCUACAUCGACAGCAGGAACGUGCGCCCGCGCAGCAAGGGGGCGUGGCUGUCCUUCGACGUCACAGACACGCUCAGCGAGUGGCUUUCUCACAGAGGCAGGAACCUGGGCUUGAAGAUCAGCGUGCACUGCCCCUGCUGCACCUUCAUCCCCUCCAGCGACAGCAUCCUGCCCAACAGGAGCGAAGAGCUGGAGACCCGCUUCGCAGGUAUUGACGAUGACCUCAUCAAGCAGUUUGAGAAGUCUGUGAAGGGGGGCCGGUCCGAUUACAGCAGUAAGACCCCCCACCUGAUCCUCACCCUGCUCCCCGCGCACAGGAUGGAAUCCUCGCAGAAGAAGACCCGCAGGAAACGCGCGGCCAGGGAGACGCCCACGUGCUCCAGGAACGUGGAUCAGGGCUGCUGCCUGCAUUCUCUCUACGUUGAUUUCCGGAGAGACCUGGACUGGAAGUGGAUCCACGAGCCCAAAGGAUACAAAGCCAACUUCUGUGCAGGGACCUGCCCUUACCUGUGGAGCGCAGACACUCAGUAUAACACGGUGCUGCCCCUGUUCAACAAGAUGAACCCCGAGGCGUCGGUCGCGCCUUGCUGUGUACCCCAGGAUCUGGAGGCGCUGACCAUCAUUGUCUACACGGGCAGGACCCCCAAAGUGGAACAGCUCUCCAACAUGGUCAUCAAAUCCUGCAAGUGCAGAUAGACACGGGGCGCCCCGAUAAACACACCAAGACACACGGCGCCCCGAUAAACACACAGAGACACACACACAGAGACACACACACUCUGAUAAACACACACACACACAGAGACACACACACUGAUAAACACACACAGAGACACACACACUCUGAUAAACACACACACACACAGAGACACACACACUGAUAAACACACACACACACAGAGACACACACACUCUGAUAAACACACACACACACAGAGACACACACACUCUGAUAAACACACACAGAGACACACACACUGAUAAACACACACACACACAGAGACACACACACUCUGAUAAACACACACACACACAGAGACACACACACUGAUAAACACACACACACACACACACAGACACACACACUCUGAUAAACACACACACACACACAGACACACACACUCUGAUAAACACACACACACACAGAGACACACACACUCUGAUAAACACACACACACACAGAGACACACACUGAUAAACACACACACACACAGACACACACACUCUGAUAAACACACACACACACAGAGACACACACACUCUGAUAAACACACACACACACAGAGACACACACUGAUAAACACACACACACACAC